AAAUAAUAUAAAAGUUUCGUCACAGAGUGAAUGUCUGCCUAGUAAUAAUACUUCGGUUUUAAAGCGGAAAUAACCAUCAAAUUUUGAACAUUUUUGUGGAUUGUAUAUCGGUAAUAUCUAUAUUAUUAGAAUCUAGUAGAAAAUUGAGAAAAUUCAGCUUCUAUCUAAUAAUUUUAGAUAAAUUUAUUAGCUAGUUCAUAGCAAACAUGUGUCUCGUUUAGGCUUCGGACGUGUUCGGUAGAGCUCGUUAUCGUUGAUAGAAUACGUGCUUUUGGUGAAACGUGAAACAUCAGCGACGCAUAUAACAUAGGUGGCGUUGUGUGACAAACAAUCGGGGUAAGGUAAGAAACCCUUCAUUUAUUUUUAUGGCUGUCUACGAAUAGUUAAAGUAACAGUGAAAUUCGGUUAAUGUUUUGUUUGCGUUUGUUGACGGACGUGUAAAUGUGACAAAACAAUGAAUGGAUGACCAAGUAUCGUUGUGAAAAGUGAACUGUUUUCUGAGGAAAUCACUAACAGGAAUUCCCCAUGACCCUAAGUCUGCUUCAAAAUCGAAAACUAUGUACCCGUUAGAAGCAGAAUAUCCCGGGAAUCGUUAAAAAAAGAACAUUUCGGUUUUUGCUAAAACCAAGACUCAUGUCAUGGCAACUAGGGUUAACAGAAAAAAUGCAACUACGACCUCUCCGAAGGAGGUAGUAUCAUCAGAAAAGUCUUCGGCUAAGAAUGAAGUCGUUAUUGACACACCAAAAAACACAGUUGUAACCAAAUCUAUAGGUAAAAGGCUAGCCAAAAAUAAUCCUAAAAAGAUUAUAAAAAAGCCAACAUUAACGGUUACAUUAAAAGCCAAAGCUAAAAAGUCACUCAAACUUAACCCUCUAGCUAAGGCUGUGCUCCAUACCGCAAACACUUCAGAAAGUAAGAAGAAACUUCUGAAAAACGGUAUCAAAGAAGUCAAAUCUAGAAAAAAGAGAGUAGCAAAACUGGAAAUCAAAAAAGAAAACGAUGACAGUCCACCUGUGCUAGAACCAAUAUUUCCCUUGGAAGAAAAUGUGAAGAAAAAUACAAAAAAACGUGUAGCAAAAAAAAUAAAAGAAGAAUCUACAGAACUGUUAGAUAUUAGUAAAAUAAAAGUAGAAAAUGAAGAAAUUUCAAGUGAUAUAACAGACGACAUACCAACUCUAUCCAGACAAGUAAAAAAACCAAGAGUAAUCAAAAAAUCCAAAUUAGAAACUGAAAGCCUGGAGGAUGUUAUGAACGAUCUCUCCUAUUUGAUUAAAGGGGAUGAUACCAGAACUGAGGUAGAUUCGUUGUCUGAAUCUUCCAAAAGUGAUACAUUCAAACCUAAGAAACUUACGAAGAAGCAAAAGCUGGAGUUAUUGAAUAGAGAUUUGAUAAAAAAAGAUAAACUGGAAAAUACUUUAUCAAAAUUGGAUUCCGCCGAUGAAAAAAUAAUAGACAUGCUAGAUCUGAACGUGAAUAUGGUAAAGAAGAAAUCAUCAAUCGCCAAAAGGCGGCAUAGUAUUGAAAAAUGUCCAAUUAGCUCAGAAGACAAUACAAUUGAUACCUUGAACAUAUUCAAUCCCCUUCCGAGAAGUCCAAGAGCGAAACGGAAAACAAAACAAGAAAAUAGCAGUAGGAAAUCUAGCCCUUAUAGUACAAGAUCUGAUUCUCCAGCUAGGAUACUAAGAAAUGGCAAACAAAGAAAAUUAAAGUUGGGUUUAUUAGAAGGACUAGAUUUGGAGAUUAAAAAGAGGAGGAGGUUUGGCUCUGAUUUGGGUAGUGAACUGUCUGGCUCUAAAUUAUCUGGUAACGAAUCGGACAGCAGCUAUUCUGAUUUAUCUUCGCUUCACGGUACUGAAAGUAACGAAGCUUUAAAAGAGGAUAUUGAUAUUAAACCUAAUAUAAGCACUGCCCCUAAUGGACCAAUAACAAAUGUAGGUUUAAUAGAUACUUUCUCAAAUGUAUAUAAUAACACUGAAAUUACUACGGAGCCUUUGUCGGACAAAAAUCUUUUAUUAGACAUCAUGAAACAAACUUUUAAUGAAGUGGAAUUGAAGAAAACUAAUAAAUUUGAAGUUUGUACUGUCGUUAGUUCCAGAUUUUAUGGCAAACGAAAUACGCAAAGUAAAUCAGAAACUAUCAAAGAUAAUAUAGUAACAGAAACAAAUGAAAAAAUUGCCGAUGAAGCUCCUCCUCUUAUAGAAAAUACCUUAAGUACUGCUGUGCAAGAAAUCGUUAAACACCAACCAGUUAUAUCGAAUAAAAAUUCUGAAACUACUACAGAGACAGUGGAAAACGUAACAGACAAUCAUAACAAUAAAAUUAAAGAAAGUGAUAACUUGGAAACAUUAACAGAUAAUCAAGACGAUGGAGAAAAUGUACAAUGCGAAGAAACAAAAUCUGUGGUAAGUGAAAGUGCACCAAAUACAGCUACUAAAAUUGAAGAGACUAUAUAUACAGAAAACCCAGAAAUAACAGAAAAUGUAGAAAAUUUAGAAUCUACUCAUAUCAAAACCUCAGAAAUUGAAGAUGGUAAUAUCUCAGAAAGUAUAGAAACUACUGCAGCUAUUGAAAAUACAAAUACUAUGGAAAAUAGUGAUAAGACAAACGUCGAGAACAGAUGUGAAGAAGAUAUGGAUAUUUGCGAAGGUAUAACAGAAAACUUGGAGCAAUCUGUUAGCGAUGUCCCUGAACUAUCAGGCUUGGAAAUAUCCACGUAUAAUAAUAUUGAAAUAGCACCAGUGCUUUCAGAAACUCUAACUGAAAAUGAUACAUUAGUUUUAAAUGAGGAAAUGCCUAUUUUAAAGCCUGAAUAUCCUCCAGAAUAUUUGAACGAAGGGGAAAUUCCGGUAAUUCAUGAAGAGCCACUUCAUACUGACCAUAAAGAAACUCUUUCGAUAAAUAAUACUAAUGAGGAUACAGAAGAUCAGGCUUAUUCUGAGCCUGGGAGUGCGUCAAAGGAGCCUCAAAUGGAAAUAGAAACGAUGAAAGUUGAUAAGAACAAUGUGAAUACGAAUUUGACUGAUGAUAAUGCUGUGAUUAAAAAUAAAGAAGAAUGUAAUCUCGCUGUGGGAGAACCUGCAGAAAAUUUGGUCGAGAAGGAAAGUAUUUUAAAGGCUUUGGGUCUACAAAGAUCUCAAGCAACAGAGGAAGAUACGAAGAAAAAGACGAAAGUAAAGCCAUCUGGCUCGAGGGGUGAAAGUUAUACUGGCACCUUAAAGACUGUGAUUAAACUGAAUCGUGAUAAGAAAAAGGGAGGUAGGGGUAUUGUGAAAAGUUCAAGCUUGCAGAAAACUAAAUCAAAAAGCAAUGCUAGUACAGAAGAUGAACAAGCAGUCAUUUCGGAGGAAACAAAUAAAGGAAAUAAAGAAAAAGAGGCAUCUUCCUUGACAUGGAAACAAGGAACUCAUUCUUCGGACACCGCUGGUGCGCACAGAAAAUCACAUUAUUCUAACAGAUCUAACAUGGAUGGUAGCAGUGAACAUACAUCCGACGGCGAAUCAGCAGCUCAAGAUGGAGCCAUAAAAGCUCUGGUGAUCCCGGAAAAAGCCAGUUCAUUUAGUAUACAUCCUGGAAGGUUAUGCAAAGAUGAAUGUUCAUAUUGUUUUGGAAAAUUUGGUCUCUUCGAUACGCCAUGUCAUAUUGCCCAAAUGAAAAGCAUAGACAGACAAGACCGAAUAUUAGAAACUGAAAAACAUUUGACACGAAAUUCUUGUUUAUGUGACGCCUGUUACAGACAUGUUGACCGUAAAUCAAAUACACCUUCAUAUAUGAACAAAUCAUUGAAGCGAAACUCUUUGGUAGCUCCUGGUCCAAGACAGAAUCACUGCCACGUAUUAGGUUGUUCCAAAGAAGCUUCAAAUAUACUUAGAAGAAAAUGGAUUAUAAAAAUGAGGAAGAGUAUCUGUCAAGUAAUAAAUCUCGACUUGGACAACCCAGGCUUGCACUCAAUCCCAAUAUGUGAGGAACAUUAUGCCGCACUGGAACAUCUUAUGAUCUGUGCUAUGUGCAAAAGAAGACUGGCUAGAAACCAUAUUCAUUAUUUAGGUCCUGAGACAACUGAACUGAAUAAUGCCUUAGCUUCAAACGGAAUACCCUUGAAACUAAGUGACAAACCAGUUGUUUGUAAAUUAUGUAAAUGUUUCGCUUCUAUUAUACUGAAAGAUCCUACAGACAGACUAGAAACGAGCGUUAAAUUCUUUGUUGAAUACAAGAAGCGACUUCUUCAUUUUAAUGAUAUAGUGCCGAUGGACGAAUCAGCUGCAGAGGAACCUAUUGCAGUUCCUAGCAGAGCAGAACGGAUAGAAAAUUUGAAAAAAAAGAAAAAACUGUUCAAAAAUCCUGCUGCUAUGGACUUCAAUGACGAUGGUUUAGAUGAGCCGAAAAAUAGAGAGGAAAGAGUUCCUUCCACAGAUACAAACAGUCAACCACAAUCGAGGUCAGAGUCACCUAGUGACGAAUAUAACGGGGUCGAUUAUAAUACUCUAAUUCCCGCAAUUGCGAUGGAAGAGGGAAGCGAUGGAGAAUCGAAAAAAGAUACUAAACAACCUAAUAUAUUUAAGAAAUUAACGGAAAUGCAGAGGGAAGGAGUAGAAAUUGUUAAAAUCGUAAAAACCGACAAACCGCGAUCAAAUGAAGCUGUGAAUAGAAUUGGAAUAAAUCAAGCGCUAUCAGUUCGACAACUGCUUCCUGGUGAAGAAUACAUUUCCCUAAAUGGCAACAUAGAUUUCGCGAAUAUUAAAGAAAAAACACCGGAAGGAUGGGAAAAAUGCACUAGCGUUAUACAGUAUGAUGAAGAAACGAAAAGACUGUGGCAAGAAUUGCAAAAACCUUAUGGAAAUCAAAGCAGCUUCUUGAGGCACCUUAUUUUAUUAGAAAAGUAUUUUAGAAAUGGUGAUCUGGUAUUAUCGCCUAACGCUAGUCAUCAUUCGAUAAAUUAUAGUGAAUCUGUACAUAAUAGAUUAAGAGCAUACGAUAACAUACCCACAAGUGCUGGGAAUAUACAACCGCUGAGUAUGAUUCCCUUUAAUAAAUUAUCAUCAAAUAAGACCGUCACUACCGGCAUCAUGAAUUCAGCAGUGAAUAAUUCUACACCUAUCUAUUCAUCAAUAAAUCUGACAAAUACCACAACUUCCAAACCAAUUGGAAGUACUGCUAUGUCCGUCACCAGUAUUCCUAUCAAUGUGACUAGGAGUGCACCUCUUACGAUAUCUCAACUAAAUAGUCCACCUUUACUUCCCAGCACAGCUAAUUUUCAACCUAUCAGGCCGAAAAUGGGAACGCCUCCAGGUUUAAUUUCGUUACAUCCCGGUACAGUUAGACCGAUAGCUCCAUUAGUAAAAGUGCCUCAACAUCAAAAGAUCAAAUUUCCUAUCACUAAAAAUUGGAGACCAAAUUUGAUUCCAAUCGAUACCACUAAAAAAACUGAAAGAAAGACUGGAUUAGUACAGGUAAUUUCCGGCGGAAAACCGUAUCAUAUAACGCUUGAAGAUUACAAGAAAAUGUGUGCUAUAAAGAGAAGUUUCGAAUUGAAGCAGAAACGCCUACAGGAAGCCCAGAAUCCCAAACCCAUUCUCGUAACGCAUAACUCAGUUCUUAAAUCAAUUAUUCCGAAAAAAGGUUUGGUUAUAUCAAAAACGACUCCGUUCAGUUCCGCUUCUAAAUCAGAGGCGGUCAACCAACCUUCGAUGCCUGAAGGAGUACCGGAAGGAGAAAACAUCCUAGAAAAAUUAGAUAAACAGGUAGAAAAACUUGAAUCCAAAUUGAACGAAAAGACGACUUCCCUCCUGUUGCCUCGGAUACCGAAAUCUUUAACAGUCAUACCACAAACUGUACCUAGGAAAACUUCACGGCCUUCUAGUCCUGUGUUACUCAUCACCAAAAACAACAGUAGCAAGUCAUGAUUGCAUCCAGUGACAAUGUUUUAAAGUGCCUAUUAGAUGUAUAAUGUGAGCUUGUAGGAAUUUGGAAGUACUCCUUGACUAUUAAUUGUUAAUUUAAUGACAUUUGCUGUUACAAUGUCUAUCAGUGAACUUGAUUCAUUUAUACACUCAACGGUUACCAUCAAUAGUGAGGCCAAAGAUACAAAUAUUUGGUAUUUUAAGAAUAUUUUACAUUGAUGUAAAGGAAGUGAGCUCAAAUUGAUGGUGUUGAUCUUUUUUUAUUCUUUUUAUGUCUGUAUAUAGAUUAUAUAAUUUAUCAUUUUAAAAAAUUAAUGUACAUAGUUUGUAAUUAUUGAAAAAUUGAUUGAUUGAAUUAAUCCUUUUUGAUUCUCCAGGAUGGAUAACUGAUUUCCUCGGGGGUACAUUGUCAAUUCUAUAUAUUUUUGACAAGGGAACUUUUUACUUCUUACAUUUACCGGGACCUUAAAGAUUUUUCCAAUACUUUUGAUCUACAUAAAAACAAAUAGUCUUUUUAUUUAUUUUUUUUUUCGCCACUUUUGAUACCUACUGUAUAAUUUUAUACUUUUUACCACUACUUUUGAUUUACUUUGAUAGAUAAGUAAGUUGGAUUUAUAUAAAUCUUACGAUUUAUUUUGUAUUAAGUUUGAUGUGAGGAAAUAAAAAAAUACUACAUAUAUAAAUAUUACAAACGAAUCUGUGGCUUUCUUCCUAAACUCCACAUAUUGUGGAUUCCUUAUAUAAAAAAAUGUGUUUGGAUGAAAUCAAUUAACACUGACCAAUCAGCUCAAUAAAAAUACAAAUAAUACAAUACUAUUUUAAACUCAAAUUACAGAGGCGGUUAAUCAAAACUGAUAAAUUUUCUACAUUCUUGAUUUUUUACAUUACUGAAGUAUAAUAUAUGGUUAAUUAAUCUUUAGCAUAACACUUCACUACAUAAAUCGCUCUAAAUUUAAAUCUUGCGUUAGUUUUGGGAUACUCAAUAUUCAUCUGGUGUCAUAUAAACAUGUCUACAACUCAAAAAGAUAAUAUUUGAUGAUAAGGUUAUAUUGUGUGAAAAUUAUUUUUUAGAAUGCCCUUAACUCAGUCAUCUUGUGUCAUAUAAAUAGGUUCCUAACUUAACAAGAAGAAAACAUUCAGAGUUCAGGUUAUGCAAUUUGAAAAUUUCUUCGAAUUUUCUUACAAAACUAUUUCAGUGCUAUGGGUUUAGCCUGAUACAAAUCUUGAGUGAAAUGAUUUGUUAUAUGCAAUAAAACAACUAACAAUGCAAUGUUGUUACCAAUAUACAAAGAUUAGUUGACGGCGGGCAGUUAAUUGUUUCACAGAAUCAUCCAUCAGAUUUGUUGAAGACAUGUUCCAUCUGGCUCUUUUUUAGUUUUCACCUAAUUGUAUCACACAAGCUAAGAUUAUAAUUUUAUAUCAUAAUUCAAAUAAACAUAAAGUUCCAUUUGAACAUUUGAUCAUUUUAUUUUGUUUAACAAUGUAAUUGAGGCCUUACAAAUGAAUAACUGACCUGCAAUUGAUAUAACAACGGGUUGUGCAGCCAAUGUUAGCUUACAAUUCAUGAAUAUGAAUGUAUAUAAAUAUCUAAAAAUUGUAUAAAUAGAUGAUUGUACAAAUAAUUAAUACCAUGUACUGAAAUAUAUAUUUCCUCAUACACUGUUUAAAUGGCUGCUACUAAGAAAAAUACUUUUUAAGAAGUGAUGAAAUUAUGUUGAUCAAUGAUCAGUACCAAAGAUUAAAAUCUUAUACCAACAUCCAGCAAAUAACAGUAGUGAUAGAAACUCAAACAUACAUUGAUAGACUCAUUAGAAUUUAUUUUUAAUAUCGCCCAUAUUUAAACGUAUUUAAAUGAUACGUCGCUUUAAUUUUCUUCAGUUCAAUCAAAAUUUUAGUUUAUAAUAACAACUAUUGAAUAAUAGUUAUGCUAACUUUAUUUCAACUAGCUUAUUUGAUUUAGAUAAAGUGGGUCAUAUAGGGUGCGAGAACAGGUAGGCAAAUACUGUAAGCUUUGUUUUGCCUAGUUUUUGUAAAUCAAAUCAGUUCAGUAAUUUCUUGGGCGGUUCGUAAUUUCAAAGAGCUCCUGCUACUCCAAAUCGCCCAUAAUUGAGGUAAUGAAUGAAAACUGAAAAAAAUGAUGGUACCGCACCCUGUAUAAAAUGUUUCUUUUGAUAUAGAUAUUUUAACGACCUCAUAUUUUAAUAUGGAGCUAGUGAGUUUAUACACCAAAUUACUGUUGCCGAAAGUGAAAUUUUUUGAUAUUUAAUAUUUUGACAUCGGAAUAAACAAAUGUAACCUAAAAUAUAGUUUUAUGAUCUUUUAUGGAUACUUUCAGAAGCCGUUUGAACAGACCGUGACCAAAUAUCUAUAAUAUUUUUUAUUUUUUUUUUAUUUUUCUACCCCAUUAAUAAUUAAGGUUAUUUAAUAUAUCUGGUACUUCCAGGUUUCAACUACCACUGUUGUCCUUAACAAAUUUCAAAGUAUUUUAAGUUUGAAAUUUCAUUUUAUAUAAUGUUGGUAUGAUAUAAAAAAAUUUAAUUCCUUAAGAAAGAUUUGUUAAAAUAUUGACAGUUGAAUAUUUUUUUAAUACAAAAUAACUAGGAAGCGUGUAAAUAUUUUUGAUUUGUAAAUAUUAGGAUGUACCCUUUAGGCGAGUAUAUUUAUACACGGUGUAAAAAUUCUUUUAAAUGAAAACUCUAAACUACACCCAAAUUAACCAAAUUCAAAGUUAUACUCGUUUCUAUAAAUUCUUUGCUUCUCUGUAGUGCAACCUCAAGACAAUAAUGUACACAAAGUUAUCGUGUCCGAAGACUUCGAAGAUUUUUGUUAAAUGACUUUUUAAUAACUAGAGUUUUCUUUUAGAAGAACUUUAUGCGUUUGUAAUUGCGGAAUGUCUCAAUCAAAGUUGCCGAUAUGAUAUCAGACAAUGAACAAUUGUUUUAAAACGUUGCAAAAUUGAUUCUUUUUUACUAUUUAUUUAUUAUUUUUUUUUAUUUAAUAUAUAUUUAUUUUUAAAUUUACGAAUAUUAUGUUUAUACCAGACACAAUGAGAUUUAUUUAGAAAAUUUUCUUCCAUAUCAAAGUAGACAAAAAUCAUUGAAAUUUAUCUUUCAAGAAACUACCAAUAAAGUAGUAAACAAUUUGACUGGUUUUUCUGAUUGUGACAUUCAGUAUUUCAAAAAAAUAUCACAUAUUAAACUUGUAAUUCAUAAAACGUUAAAGCAAUAUUUUAUUUAGUAAAUACCUAUCAAUAUAUUUUCUCUAAAUAUUCUGACACAGUAAAACCUGGCUAACUAGGACCUGGAUAAGAGAAACCUCUAUUAGUAUUUCAACCAGUUCACACUACUUCUUCAUCAAAUUAACAGGGGUUAAUGGACUUUUCGAACCUGAUUCAAUGAGAUUUGAUUUAUAGGACUUAUUUCGCAUGUCCUCUGGCUUUAACCUACAAUAUGACUCUUUAUGAGUACCUGAAAAAUUUGUGCUUCUGUUGGAUUUUGAUUGUAGAAAGUUAGGUGAUCAAGUGUAUAUGGAAAAUAAAAUACCAAAGUACCUUUUGUGUAGGUUAAAGCAAAUACGGAAUAAUAUAUCAUUACUUGGACCAAUGAUUAAAAAAUUUGCAAAUUAGACCAAUAAUAUUUUUGGUAGUAAUGGAUGGUUAGAGAGUUUCAAUAGAAGAAACGAUACAUCAAUAAAAAAUAUUAGUAGUGAAAACAAUUCUAUGGACAACGAAUGUAAUGAGUGUCUACUGGAUAGUACUCUUAUAUUGAAAGGCCUACUUGUAUGUGCGAAUAUGUCUGAAAUUGAAAAAUUGCCAUUGCUCUUUAUUGGAAAAUCCAUUAAUCUGUUUUGGGGAUAUCAAAACGUUAAUAAAUCUACGGUUCCAAUUUAGUUUGUAUUGUCUAAUGUAUUAUUUAGAAUGAAACAGUCAGUAGGUUAGAUGAAAAGUUUAUAUCAAUAAAAACUGUGAGUUUAUUGCACUCAUCCACCAAUACCAAAAGUAGAUUGCAGCUCAUGGAGCAGAAUAUAAUCAACAAUUUCAAGGUUUAUUACAGAAAAGAAAUUUUAGAAGAGAGCAAUGAUGAUGACAUCGUUUCCACAUUCUUCUUUGGACACAGAAGAACUAGAAAAGUAUUGUGAAGAGACUUUGGUGAAAAAUCUAAAACGUGAGGCAAUUGAAGCCUUUAGAAACUUCACAUAAGUAUUUUGAGAUGUCAAAUAACAGGUUUCAGCAAAUAGCAUCAUACAAUAAACACUGAUUGUUCAUUUAUCCACAUUUGAUUCAUAAUACCAAACAUACGCAUUUUUAUUUUCCAUUUCCACUUAUAUAAAUGGAAUAAUGGUAAAUUUCGACCUCUAUAAAUGAGGUCAAAUUGGAUAAAAUUGGAUAAAACCUUUUUAAAAGAUGCAAAAUACUUGAUCCCUUCAGAUCCCACUUGACCAGGUUUUACUCUAUUUGAAAUUUUCUAUGGAAGUGUUCAAAUUUUGAUCACAAAUAUUAAUUUUGAUUUCAUAAAUUUAUAGAAACUUAUUUCAACAGAAUUUUAAAUAAUAUAUUAACGCAUUUCAAUUGGGCAUCAAAUUAUUUGAAGUAACUUGCAUAAAUAUCAGUAAAUUCUUUCCUAUUAAUACCUAGAUCAUUUUUUAUUAACCUACAAUUUAUUAAGAAAUUUCACUUUAAACAAUUUUGAUUGGUUUUCUCUGUUUUUCCGUUUUCUUAAUAAUUCUGAGUUAAUUCUCAUUCAGUAUUCCCUGACUAUAUAUCGGUUAUAAGAAAAAUAUUUUCUUUGUUCUGGAAAUAUAUUAUAAAAAAAAAUUAUAUAUCAUGUACAUCUCUGCAUCGCAAAAUUAAUGCUUAUUUUCAAACUGACACCAGUGGAUUUUUCUAUUUUCUACAAUAUUAACAAAAUCCCUCAGAAAGUCAGUUCACUUUGUACUUUGGUAGAGACAAAUUUUUUAAUUUAUAAUAACCACAAACUGCACUAAGAGUAAAAAUUAUGUGACGCUUCCAGAGCACUUGUGCAGUUAAAGUAACCUUCGACUUGGGGUAACAAUCUACUUAGCCAGAAGAUUAUCACAAUUUUGGCGGACCAGCAAUAACAAAAGAAGACCGGGAUCGCCAUAAAGUGUUAAGUUUAGACAUAAUAAAUUAACUAAGAUACAAAAUGGAGUAGGAAAAAAUCGACCCCCUUUUGAAUUGCAAUUAGUUUUCUUUUAAUUACUGAUGACGGCUAAAAGAUAGUGUAUCAACGUGUAUCACGAAAUUGGUUGUGAUUGUGAAUAGACGUUUUAGAACCACAUUAUGUAGAUCCAUAUGGGAGCAGAAAGAGAGUUGAAAAAAAAUAUUUUUUUUCAAAAAUUAUGAAAUAUACAUACUUUUGGUCCUUUGGCAACAGGUCAUUUUUCAGAUUGAAUUAUGCGUUAGUUUUGCGGGACAGUCUAUUUAAUGAAUUUAUAUAGUAAUCUUUUUAUUUUCAAAAAUUUAGGAAAUUGUAUAGAUAUUAAAAUAAAAAAAAUUAAUGUUGGUGGGAUAAACACAAAGUUUUGUGAUCAAUUAUUUUUACAAUUUUGCAGAAAUCAAUAAUUUAUACAUUUUCUAAGAUGUACUUAUAUAAAAAAUCAAUUUUAUUUGAGGUUAUGUCUUUUUUACUGUCCAAAAAUCAUAGUUAAUCUUUAUUAUAACAAAUAGACAAACCUGUAUAUUUUUUAUGUUCAUUUGUAUGUGUUGUCCAUUAUUUUCAACCUUUGACGCUGUUUGUCAAAACGUGGUGUUAACAAGGUUAAUUUUAUUUUUAUGAUCAAAUAAAAAUUGGUCCAAUUACAAA